AUGCAAUUGUCAGGUGUACUUCUCCCUGCAUUUUUAACUGCCGUCACAUUUGCACAAGUUGUCCUUAGCGACGACUCGGUCACGUUGCCAAAAUUCAAAUCAUCCACAGAAUACUUUGACCAGAGCGACCCCAACGUAAAACCAUCAGAUGUCAAUUAUGGUGAUAACUUUGGCCUCAAGAGUAAUUACUCCUGGGCGGAUGUUUUGAAACAACUCGACGAACACCACAAGCUUUUCCUUCUAGUCAGGCAUGCCCAGGGAGUUCAUCAAUGCAACACUCCAUCUACAGAUUGGACUUGCUACUGGCAGACUAUAGAUGGUUAUGAUGGACAAGUGUGGGCGGACGCUUUGCUAACUCCAGAGGGAAUCUCCGAAUGCCAACAACUUUCCCAACAGAUUAACAAGACAAAAGAUUUCCCCUUCCCAGACCAUCACUAUUCAAGUCCAUUAAGGAGAACUUUACAAACGUGGGAGCAUGUGUGGAAAGAUUUAGUGAAGGAUGUUCCAACUCUCAAGGAGUUUGCUAGGGAAACUUAUGGAAUUCAGACUGAAAGCAAGCGCCAUUCUAAAUCUUACAUUAAAGAGAACUGGGACUACGUCAACUUCGAAGCCGGAUUUACUGAAGACGACGAAUUGUGGUCCAAUUCCACUCGUGAAACUGGCAAACAUAGGAAAUACAGAGCCGCUUCCGUAUUGAGCGACAUAUUUGAAGUCCACAAAAACGACAAGGUUAUAGGUCUUGUGUCUCAUUCUGGCUUAAUCGGAUCAAUAUUGGAUGUGGUUGGGCACAGAGAUUACCCUGUAGAUAAUGCAAAGUUGCUUCCAGUUAUUAUUCAGAAGAAGAAGCACAAGACUAAAACUUACAAGCUUGAUGACCCAGACAAGACCUUUGAAGAUAUUUGUCCAGAUAAGCCAUCUCAAAUUACAGAAGGGCCUGAAUUGACUUGUAGUGCUGCUCCGUUUGAUGAAAGGGCCUAA